GAGCACCCCGCUGCUCCCGAGUCCACAAAGUUCCACUGGCCUCCUGACCUCCAUCGUUUCCACGAUCGCGGUCGACGGCACGACAACACUCUAUAAGAGCCUUAUCUACGGCACGUACGUUGGUACUGACUAUGCACAGGUCACUCAUACCGCUUCCGACGUCUACUUCUUCCCUGAUGAAGCGUCCGUUUCGUUCGACUCCGAAGAGAACGAGAGCCCCGACGAGCCAACCGUGGAGUACGCAGAAGUUGACAGCAUCACCAGCACUGAACAGAUCACACCGGAAAUGAACGAGCUGACCACACCAUUCAAGGAUACGACUGCGAAUCCACCGACUACUCAAGAACAGACACGAGAGACUCUUGGUAAGGAGGAUGAACCGAUGAUACCAACGAAGCCAACGCCCACCGUCAUAUCCGGUAUGGAUAACGAAAUACCGAACGAUAUUGCUCUCGGUGAUCCUCAGGGACGUAGCAUCAAAGGAUCUUCGGGGAAAAACAUCGUUCCGUUGAAUGACAAGGGUUUGAAGCAUUAUAGUUCUCAAGUGGAGGUGGUUGCUUCUCCGAGUAUUCGACUACUUCCAUCCACCGUUUACAAGACGUUCACCUACCUUACGACAUUCUACAUACCAGACGAAAAUGAUGUUACUACUACGUCGGUCAAGUCACGAGAGGUCAUUUCGUCUGAAGUAUCUUAUGUCACGGAGUUCAUUGCUCCAAGCACCAGUAUCGCUAGUGAAACUACAACAACUGAAACCCCGGUAACCCCGCUGGAAUCAGAACAGCGUGAAACAACAGCGCCGUCAACCACGACUACGACUACAACGGUCAAAACUGAGACGACGGAAAACACUAGCCCACCUACCACUCCAAAGAUAGAAACGUCGUCCGAGUCUACUAGCGAACCGGAGGAGGAGCAAACCACGAAACAAGACGAAGAGAUCGAGCUUAUUUUCAAAACGCUAUAUACGACCUACACGUACUUGACAACUUUUUUCCAAGAACAAACGUCUAGUGUUAUUAGUCACGAGGUUGUUGAGACAAAUAUUAUCACGCAGACGGUCGACCCCUAUUACGAUGUGUCCGCUGACGUAGCCAGCCUCUUCGACAAGACCGACUCAGUUCUUAUCGCUCCGACGAAAUCGCAAGAGAUUACUCCGCCAUCUUUGAUGGUACAACCUGCGGUUCAGAACGAAGACGAAGAGUCGACCGAGGAGGAGGAUCACGUUGCCACGACCGAAGAAUCGAGUAUCUCAACAAUUGAUGUCGAACAAGAGACGGAAAUUACUACAGAAUCUAGUCUUGAGCCAACUCCCUCAGCCGAGGUAACCCCACAGAUACAUCAAGACGUAGUUAAGACGUAUUACACGACCUAUACCUACUUCACCACGAUAUUUGUUGAAGACGAAACCGAGAUCGAAACGAGAACUGAAGUUUUCACGAAUGUAGUGACCGGCGCUAUUCAGCCGAGCACCGUGCUCCCAACAACUCCAAAAUCUGAGUUGCCUGACACACCGCCUACACUAGAAACGCCGACAACGGAAAAUAUGCCGAAGCCACAGGAAAUCGAAAAACCGGCAGUGCCACCAGAAAUUUUGGCGUACCUAGAGGCAAUUAAGAAACAAAAAUCCCAGGAGGAGGCCCUUGAACUGGCGAAAAAAGUAAAAGAGGAAACGAACGGUGAUGAAACGCUGGUAACUGGAGAAAGUCAGGAGACAACUGAGCCUGCUCCGCCGACAACCCUGCAAGCGCACAGCGACAACGUGCCUGGUGUUGCCGUCAUCGAGGAGCCAGAGAUGACUCCAAACCCACUUGACGCACCUGGAGAGGUCCUCGGUAGGAUGGUGACAGACGUUAUAUCCACGUCAAGUUCCGGUGGAGGAACUAUUCUCGAUUCAGGAGAAAGAAGGAUCAACACAUUCCCUGAUGACCAGGAGAUUUCCGAAUCCAACAACCACGAAGUAGAGCCAGCCGUGACUUUGCUACUUCAGACAAGCUAUACCACGUUCACGUAUUUCACAACCAUGUAUAAAGGCGAUGCAUCUAACGUUGUAAGCCGUCUCGAGACCGUCACUAACACUGUAACGGAAACCAUUCGACCUUCUGCAAUCGAUUCUCAGCCCGUAGUACCGACCAUCACCGCUCCAUCAACAGAAUUCACGACGCUGACCUACUGGACGACCUUCUACAAGGACGGUGACACAAUUACCAACAGUCGCGAGGAGACUAUCAGCAGCGUGGCUACUCCGGAAAUAAAUCCAUCUCCAACAACAGCGGUAGCACCACUACCCAGUCGCGACUUUGUCGUAGGUGCUGAGGUACAACCCGAAGGAAAUUUAUUGGAUAAUGAAGUCCCUUCUCCGAUUUCUCCAGUUUCGUCGGAAGCACCAUUUAGCACUGAAGACGCGGUAACGCAGCCUGACGAUCAGGCUGCGGAUGUAAGUAACGUAGGAAAUCGAAUCGCAGGUAACGAUAACGAGUCAAUAUCACCUGACCCAACUACUUUCUACACGACCUAUACCUACUUUACCACAUCUUACGUGGGGAACUCGACUGUUCUGAAUAGUCGUUUGGAAACUGUAACAAGCAUUGCACAGCCAACUGACCGGGCAACCGGGCGGGCAAUUGGCGAUGGAGCUACAGCGAUUCCCAGUGUCCAGGCACUGGACACCAUUGACAAACCAAGUCCUGCCAGGGCCACUGGUAUUAUUUCGACAGUACGUUCAAGUAAGGUGGAGGAUGGGACUACGACACAUUUUGCCACGGAUGUUCGUGGAACUUUUAUUAAUGGACUUUAUGCUCAGGUAAUUGAGAGCUCGACACGGAUCGAGAAACCCGAAGAUUCCACAGCCUCCUCAGCGACAGCUACCCCAGUGCUGCCUACGGGUGUGCUAUCUUUGAAUCGGGGAAGCAUAAUCGAUGCCGACGAAAUCAGUACAGUAUACUUCACCACGCGGCAGCUCGGAACUGUUGUUGAUGGUCUUUACGCCAAGGUAGUUGAAAGCACUUCCAGCACUAAGAUCGACGAGGAACGACGCGCUACUGUCACCCCUACCCAGACCGGAACCCACCGAACUGGUCUAGUUCGCCUCAUCGAAGGUUAUGUCGAAGCAAACGAUACAACUAUCUUCUACCGAUCUAAGGUAAUUGGCACGAGCAUCGACGGCAGGUAUGCUCAGAUAAUUGAGAGUACUUCUAGUUGGCUGAGUGCCACCCCGGCAGCAACAGCUUCCGGCGAACUGGCCUCCAGCAUUGCACCUAGCGCGACAGAUGGUAAUAUCGCGAUGUCAAGCGCUGCUUUCCCAACCCAGGUCCAUCCUUCACCUGCCGUUGUAGAAUCCUCCAUGUCCGAUGAUCCAACGACAGAAUCGUCAACGGAAGACUCUACUGAGGAUCUUGAAGACGAUAUGGAGGAUGAGGAUGACGAUCGUGAUGAAAAUGGAGACGGGCAGAAAACCUCAAAGAGGUCGAGACUCACUUUCACCACGAAAUCGAAAUCGUUUACGCCGGUUAUACGACCAUUUGCUUCUAGAAAUCGGCCAACUUUUAAUCCAAAACGGAAGGGCGCUCAGGGAGCUACUACGAUCACUAGGACAGAUAUAACUCCCACCAUAACAGCAACUCUGGCCGGAAAAGGUAACAGAUUUGCGUCGUCCCGAAACAGAAUAAGCUCACCCACGGGCCCUUACUCGAGUACCCUUGGGCAAACGGGGCAGUCUGGGUCACGGAGAGGAUUCUCGGGACGACGUAGUUUCUCUACGUCAAUCCUCCCAUCUGGCUCUGGAUACGCCUCGGGAACCAUCAGAGGUAGAGGCUCUUCCCGCAUCUCCCCGAGUUCUGUGUUCCGUGCACGAGGAUCAGGACCAUCCUCCAUCGGUCCAGGCAGAGGCUCGUCGAGGAAUGGUCCGCGGUUUUCUAGCUCUGUGUUCGCUAGUGGGCCAGCCGGGUCAUCCAGAUACAGACCUGGCAUUCGAGCUUCAUCAACAGUUCUUAGAGGCCAGCAGCCAAGUGUACGUAACGAAGACCAGGAUGAUAAUGCGAACGACUACACCGCGACCACUAUCGUGACCGAAGAAACUCCUUACACUGAGGACGAUCGGUACUAUGAGGAUGAUGGCGAAGCUGGGGAAACUGGAACUAUACCGUUCCAAACUACCACCGAGUCGAUAAGAAGAACAACGAACCCUCUACUGAAAUUCCGGAGACCAUUAACCUUGGGUAAUUCCCCCGUAUCAGGAAGACUGGGUAAUACACAGCGUCCACCAACGACGACUACGAGGAGAAAUGGAAACCUUGUUAGGCCCACAGGAUCUACUCCUAAUAGAUUACCAUUCUUAGCUGGAAGGACGGGGAAUAGACCAAACCUACCGACUUACACCAGACCUCGUCAAGGACAACAAAAUCUCUUCCCUCCGAGGGGACUCUACAAUCGAAGACCCGAGGCAACUGAACCUACUGAAACGACUGAUGUGACGGAAACGCCACCACCGAUUGAUGAGGGCGACGAAGACCAAGAAGACGAUGAAAUAUUUGAGGAUGACGAACCGAUCGAUGAAGUUGUCGAUAAUGAUUACGAGGCGUCGGAACAAGAUUUGACGUCAGAAAACCGUCGCUCAGGAAAGACAGCUUAUGCUCCAAGAAGUGGAGUUGUCCGUAUCAGACCUUUCCUGGGGCGAGCCGGUCGAGUGCGGCGUCAGGCAAGCCAGCUCAGGGCUCUGACAACCAAUAGAUUCCGAAGACCUCCAACAGGGCACUCGAACAGUCCUCAAGCAAAGACAGAAGAAAAGCCUGAAGAUAACCCAGAACCCGAAGAUAAUACUGAAUCAACCCAGAAGUCCAAGCCAGCUAGCACCUCGAGGUUUGGAGGUUACAGAGGUAGGUCACAGUCUUCUCGUAGAACAAAUGGUAAUACUAGUAGCAAAAAAAAUAAAAAUGACAGCAAUAAACCAACCGAGGGUUCCACGGAAGCGACUCCUUCUGGAAAGCCAAGAUCACGAACGAAAUCACGACCUUCGGGUUCCAGGAGUUCCUCCUCUUCAUCUCGGAUAAAACCCUCACCGACGAGCAGCAGUAGCAGACAAUCCACCAUGAGGGAAAAAGAAUCGUCGUCGUCUGCUUCUAGGUCUGGAUAUAAACGACCGAGCUCGAGCAGUUCACGGAGCAGAUCGACCGGAAAAACAGAAUCAUAUUCUAGACCGAGACCCCCACGGAUUCGCGGCGGAGGAUCCCGUUCCUCUCAUACCGAGACGCCUGUUAGCUCUAAGCGUACAUCAUCUGACGGCAAACACAAAACUGGCUCAAGAUCUUCAGGAAGCAGAAGCAGCAGCGGACGCAGAACGUCGUCAUCGCGCAACCGGGGAGUAAACUCACAAUCUCGGGAUGAGCCUAGAGAAUCAUCUUUCGAGCCUGAAUUCGACGGUACUAUAACAGUAACGCACUACAUACCAGCUCAAGCUACAAUUCCUGCAGUUACCAAUGGUGUAACAGAGCUAAAAUAUGUUGUCACAGCACGGCCAAGCACCCAAGUUCUUGGCCCUGACCGCUACAGCACAAUUGUCGGCGUAGACGGACAACCGUUGACCGUCAUUUCCGGGGAUGUAACUGGGACGAAUGCACAAGGCCAUGCGGAGGUGACAAGGUUUCUUCUCCACGAGUCUACGACGACGUCUAUCACCCGUGGACCAACAUCGAUUGGCGGACGACGGACAACGUUUUCCCGGGUGAUACCCUCGACUGUGUACUCCGUUGAAAAUGUAGUAUCAACGCAACAACCCACUCUUCCAGCAGCAAAUGCUCCCCUGGCGAACAUUCUGCUCUCGCAACUUCUCCUUGGGCAGCUUGGCCAAGGAAAUCCACUCCUCGGCGGUCUUCAGCAGCCGCAACAGCCACAGCAACAGGCAACCCCGACCACUCGUUACGAUACGCGCACCACCUCUUACGUCACAACGAUUACCAAGCACCAAAGCACCGUGAUUCCACUGACGUUCCGAGGCAAGGAGAUUCUCACGACCCUCGUCGAUUCUUCCGUCGAUGUCAUAACCGCGACUGAGUUCAUUACCGACACAGUGGUUAUUACGCCAACGGCCGCAUUACCAACUCCCGACAUAAAUUCCCUUCUUCUGCUACUUCAACAGCCCACGCAACCUCAGUUUCAGCCCCAGCUCCAAUUCCAACAACCCAACCCAUUCGAUCCUCUCUUCGCCGUGACCCCAGCUAGCACGCAGGGUAACGAACUACCCGGCGAAAUCGACCGUAGACUUCCCGCAGAUGUAGAUUACAAACCAUCCAGGGGAUCAGAGGACGACGAGGAGGAAGUAUCUUCGUCAUUCCGCGACGAAGAUGAAGAUGAACAACGAGAGCCGGAGCGUCGUCACAGGUCCAGGACGCGCAAGAACGGAUUUGGGAAGCCGGCAAACUCGGGAAAGAAGGAGGAGCCUAUAGUUGAUGAGUCAUCUGUCGUGACACUAUACGUAUCGGGUAAACGCCCAGGGGAGUUCAGCACUGUUUUGAGCACAGUUCGUGUCGGCGAGGACGCGUCAGUCUCGCGAAGCCGCAGAGACAUCGGUAACCCACCACCCGUGAUCGAGCUCCAAGCAUCGCGAGGACCAUCCCUUCACGCGGCGCCCGAGAGCAUUAUGGUUUUGGACGGAGGCGAGGAACUCGUCAGCGUGCACUCGCCAACUCAGAGUCUAGAGAGCGUAGUUGGCGACGUCGGUCGACACAUUUCUGCGACAAUGAUCUACGCCUAAUCUUUAGCCCGUUAUUUUCCCAGCCCCGUAUCCUCUAGACGUUAAUUAUUUAAGUUCAUUACUUUAAGCGUAAGUCCCAAGCCACACCAUUUCCCACCUCUUUAAUCAUUACACAAACAUUUCUCGAAUCGUUCAACCACCGUCCGCCCCUGUCGUCGGGUUCUUUGUCGUAUUUGCGGAUGUGAAUAGGAUGCUAUUACGAGGCUCGAGGUAAACGUCGAGUUAUACUUAUUUUAAAUGCAUAAAUCGCGAUAACGGCAAGUCUACGAUCCGCAGGUACAUGCGGCGACGAAAGGUGCGGAAUCAUUCGUCCAUCUCACCCGUUCCAAGUAUUGCCCCCAUGCUUUCCCAUGCCUAUCAAUUCAUGCUACUCUCAUCUGUCACUUGAAUCCCGGUUCAUCUGUCAUUCCGUUAUCUCCUAUAAUACUAACAAGCGCCGAACGCACGUUCAGAAGGCGACUUAGCUUCUCCAACAUGAGACUCUGACACGAAACUAUAUACUAAACAACAAAAACAACAGCAACAUCAACAUCAACAACAGCAACAAAUAAAAACCAAAACUAUAAUCGUAAGGUUGGAAAUAACUCUACUAAAACCGUAUAUACCUCUACACAAAGAUUGGAAAGGUGCGAAAUAAAUUGUAACCUUUAACCCUGCGAAAUGAUCGCACCAACAAACGCUUUGGCACUGAGCACUGCUUGAAUGGAAUGCUGCUAUUAAACUUGAAGAAACGGGAAAAAGCGAACAGAAAAUCCGACUUUCAGGUCAUUU